UUAGUGAAAAACACGUGCUCGCUGAUUUUUUACACAGUAAUCGUGCCAUCAGUUCUGACCGCGGACGAACUUUGUUCAGUUCUGUGAAUAAAAUAAAAUGAAUCAACCAAGGACCAGAGGGCCUACGAUGGUGACCGUGCAUAGUAGUGGCGGGGGCGGAGUGCAUUGUUGUUGUUGCAGAUGCUGCACUUGCCUGCAGCUUCACAUUUUGAGGACCGAACCCGGGAUUUUGAAGCUGGCGGAAAUUGGAUUGGGAUUCUUCUGUCAAAGCUUGGCCCUAAACUUCGGGGUCCAAUACGCAGGAACUCUAGGGGCUUCCCUGCUGUCCUUUAUAACAACCGCUUCUUGGUGUUUGAUGACUAGCUUCCUGUUGAUGCUCUGUUACGUGUUCUCUCAGAAGUCAUUCAAUUUGCUCAAAUCGUCCUUAUUCGAAACGGCAUUUAAUAGUAUUGCCGCUUUCAGUUACAUAACGUCCUGUUCGUACCUAGGGUAUGCAGUGAAUGUGUUUUUGCAACCCAUGUACUUGGUGACGCCAUAUUUCCAAGUGUACCCUGCCAUGAGUGCCGCUUACAUGGUUGGCACCCUGGCAGGAGUUGUUUAUGGUUAUGAUGCAUACAAGUCAUACAAAUAUUUCAAGGGAUAUAGAUAAAUAUAAAUAUAAUGCACUGUACUAUCUCUAAUAGUAACGAUUACUAGUCAAUCUUUAUUUAUAUGUGAUUAUUUAAACUAUUACUUGUUAA